ACAUAGAAAACCUCAGACACCUUGGCACUGCUCGGUAUGCGGACACCAAUUCCGUUCGAUCGACGGUAUUCUGGAGAUCGAAAAGGUGGUAACUUGCGCUAAAUGCAAAAAGCGAGCAUGCAAACUGAAAUGCGCCAAAAGGGAACACACGGAGGAAUGGAUUUGUCAAAUGUGUCGAUCAGAUUCGUGGUUUUCCAGUCUCCUGAAUGCAUUACAACCUAGUACGACUAAAGGCUGGUAUACAAAGAAGAAAAUGAACCAAACGACAAUUGAUGAAAUCGAUGAGGAUCUGAUGGAGUUGCAGAAAAAGGAAAGAGAACAAGUGAGAGACUUCAUCGAAAGAUUGUUGGAAGCCUUGUUGGGAGGCGAUUUGGACAGCGUCAGCGUGAAGAAACUCUACAACGACCCGAAAUAUGAUGCUCUAUUCUGCAGAUAUCAUGAUGAUCUCAGCAGCGCUCUAACAGAUUUAGGAUCCGCAUUGCAUAUCUCCAUCGCCAAUAAAUGGUAUCUGCCGAUAACUGGACAAUCACCAUGCUCAGCACACGCAACAUUGAAGCUUUUAAUUCAAAAGUUAAUCGAAGAUGCUGCCGGUUUACCAAAAAUGCCAAAAUUACCUGACCAUCCGGCAUCUCCGGAUGACACAGGCGAUAGGACAUACGAGGAUCUUCUGGCAACGGCUGUCGUAAAUAAGGUGAUUCAAAAUUACCAAGAAGAAGUUCCAUCCUCGGCUGGAAGUAUUUCGAGCAGAGCUUCGACCAGUUCCAGAAAAAACUGCGAUAAGGAGUACUUCUUUGGUGAACGAAACUUGGAACCGAAACGGAGAUACGAUGAUACUUCUUCAGUUUCGAGCAUGGACGACCUACGCAGCGAACCGUACACCUCGGCUCCCAAGUACUUCGACAGAAGUCCACUUGUUUCUAAACAACAUACAGAUGUCUCUUCAACAGAAGACGAUAUUUUAGAUGAUGAAGAAUUCGACACUCGUAGCGUUCGGGACAACAAUUGGCAGGAGAAUUGGCAUUUGAGAAAGAGGAAGUUGAAUGGAACUUCUUCACCUGCACCUGUUCCAAUGUUUGUACCGAAUUCGAACGUCGAUGCCAAAGUAUUGAUUGGCGAUCGAGUGAUUGAAGAUACAUCAGAUUUAUCGGAUGCGGGCUCGGAUUUCGGUGAUUCCGUCGAACCGUCCAGCUUGAAUUCGCAUCUGGUCAAUUCAAGAACUUUGAUCGGCGGAAGAAAUCCAAUUGAAAGUAUCGUGGCCAAAGCUGAGUCGAUUUCCGAUGAUGGAAGUACCGAUGACUCUGACCUCAUUAAGGAAAAGGAAGAUAUAGUUCAACAGUUUACUAGUUUAGAAAACACAAGGGAGGAGGACAUCGCUCAGAUUGCAAAUGAAGUUUUACUCAAUCAACAAAACCUUCAAGAACCCUUGGAAACGUACGAUAGUAAUAUUGAACAAGAUUCCGAGUACACGGAGAAAUAUGCCACGUUACCAAGAACUAUUGUUCUACCACAAGCGUUGCCAAGAAAAGCAAAGAUUAUUGAUCAAUCCGAGCACGUUUUGGAGUACAAUAAUUGCGAUAACGUUGAUAGCGGUGUAACUUCUGAUGAAGAUGACAAACAUAAGAACGCAGAAGAGCGUUUUAAAAAUACCAUUUACGAACGCAGAUGUAGCAAUAAAAGUAGACCUCAGGUGUACGGACUAUUGGAGAAUGAAGAAUUUAAACAAGUUAAUACACCUUCACUUCCAAGUUCAACCGAGAUUCCUACCGAAGCAUUGGUUGAUGUAAGCUACGUGGAUGACGUGAAAGAAACACCUUUGGAGUCCCCAAUCAAACCAGAAGAGCAAAGCUUAUUCAAAGCUGUACCUGUUAUUAUCACAGAUGAAACAGAUGUGGAAUCUUCCAUAGAACCAGCCACGCCAACCAGAUCAAACCAAUUGGACUUAUCUAGCGAUUCUGACAGCAUAGAACGCACUUACAACAUACCUUCCGGACAGAUUUUGAAGAAAGGCCAAGCAACAAACGAUUUCCUGUCAUUCAACACAAACCCUGACGUUCUUAAACAUCCCAGAGAUUUCGACGAGAAUCACAACACGUUCGUCGAUGAACAAAUUAAUGUACCAUUCAUCACCACCAAUUUGAAUCAUUUUAAACUAGUAGAUGAAAUCGCAAAUGAAACGCCAGAGCAAUAUAAAGAGGAACCGAUUUCACCUCCAGCGGAUUUCAAAAAUUUACAUCCCGAUAGCAACUGUGAUAACUUUCAACCUAUCAGGCGAUGCGUUUCCGAAAAUCUGUUAGCUAAUAACAGUUGCGAUAUUAGCAAGGAAGAAGUCACGCAAUCGGUGGAGGAUUUAUCGGUGGAAAUCGACGAUUUAAAAAAGAACCAACCGGUCAAGAAGUUGGUUAAAUCAUUUUCCGAGAUCUAUCCAAACCUUAAAUCGCCAGGUAAAUUUAAUGAGAGUAAACCCAACUUAUUGAACUACGAAGGGAAUGAAAACGAAAUCGAAAUACAGGAGAAGCAAGAAGACGGAACUUCUGAAAUUCCAUCUGUUAACGCAAUGAAGAGCCUUUUCGAAAAGCCCAAUCUAACAAAGCCGGAAGUUUAUAGUCUAACCGCUAGAAGUAUUCCAAAGAAAUUCCGACAGGAAUUGAAGAAAGACAAUUGCACAGCUACAGCUGAAAGCGAUACCUUGUAUAAAGAAGAAACGACAUCAACUGAAGUGCCAUUCCCUACAGCCAAGAGCAAAAUUCAGUAUUAUGAGAACUUAAUCCGUUAAUUAUUUUAUUGUUGAUUUUAUAAUUUUAUUUGCAAACGUAAUUAGUCUACCAAAGAAUUAAGAUAUUAUAUACAUUGGAUCAAAUUAAACUGAAAAUGUUGU